AUGCACGGCCACCGAGCUCCGGGGGGCGCCGGGCCUUCGGAGCCCGAACACCCGGCUGCGAACCCCCCCGGCGCCGCUCCACCGGCCUGUGCCGACUCGGACCCUGGAGCCUCGGAGCCCGGACUACCGGUGCGCAGGGGCUCAGGCUCGGCUCUCGGCGGCCCCCUGGAUCCCCAGUUUCCCGGACCCUCGGACGCCAGCCUGGGUGCUGUACCAGGGCCCCGGGUCUUGCCCUGCGGCCCCAGUCCACAGCACCACCGGGCCCUGCGCUUCUCUUACCACCUGGAGGGCUCGCAGCCUCGGCCUGGGCUACACCAGGGAAACCGGAUCCUGGUUAAAAGUUUGUCCCUUGACCCUGGCCAGAGCCUUGAGCCUCAUCCCGAAGGCCCCCAGCGGCUUCGCUCAGACCCAGGCCCCCCCACUGAGUCUCCCAGCCAGCGUCCUUCGCCACUGAAGCGGGCACCAGGCCCAAAGCCACAGGUGCCCCCAAAGCCCAGCUACCUGCAGAUGCCCCGGAUGCCCCCUCCACCUGAGCCCAUCCCCCCUCCACCAUCACGUCCGCUGCCUGCAGACCCCCGAGUGGCAAAGGGCCUGGCCCCCAGAGUGGAGGCCAGCCCCAGUUCUGCAGCAGUAUCCUCACUAAUUGAGAAGUUUGAAAGAGAGCCUGUGAUUGUCGCCUCGGAUAGGCCAGCCCCUGGCCCCUGCCCAGGUCCCCCAGAGCCAGCCAUGUUGCCACAGCCACCCCCGCAGCCACCAGUGCCCCAGCUCCCUGAGGGUGAGGCCUCCCGCUGCCUGUUCCUGCUGGCUCCUGGGCCCCGGGAUGGUGAGAAGGUACCCAACCGGGACAGCGGCAUUGACAGCAUCAGCUCGCCAUCCAACAGCGAAGAGACCUGCUUCGUCAGUGAUGACGGGCCCCCCAGCCACAGCCUCUGCCCCGGGCCCCCUGCCCUGGCCAGUGUGCCUGUUGCUUUGGCCGACCCCCACCGGCCUGGCUCCCAGGAGGUUGACAGUGACCUGGAGGAGGAGGACGACGAGGAGGAGGAUGAGGAGAAGGACAGAGAAAUCCCAGUGCCCCCGCUGGAGAGACAGGAGUCUGUGGAGUUGACUGUGCAGCAGAAGGUAUUCCACAUUGCCAAUGAGCUCCUGCAAACGGAGAAAGCCUAUGUCUCCCGGCUCCAUCUCCUGGAUCAGGUGUUCUGUGCCCGGCUGCUGGAAGAAGCUCGGAACCGCAGCUCCUUCCCCGCUGACGUUGUCCAUGGCAUCUUCUCCAACAUCUGCUCCAUCUAUUGCUUCCACCAGCAGUUCCUGCUGCCUGAGCUAGAGAAGCGCAUGGAAGAAUGGGACCGCUACCCACGCAUUGGGGACAUCCUGCAGAAGCUAGCACCCUUCCUCAAGAUGUAUGGCGAGUAUGUGAAGAACUUUGACCGGGCCGUGGAGCUGGUGAACACCUGGACAGAACGCUCCACCCAGUUUAAAGUCAUCAUCCAUGAGGUGCAGAAGGAGGAAGCCUGUGGCAACCUGACGUUGCAGCAUCACAUGCUGGAGCCCGUGCAGCGCAUCCCCCGCUAUGAGCUGCUUCUCAAGGACUAUCUAUUAAAGCUGCCCCAUGGCUCCCCGGACAGCAAGGAUGCCCAAAAGUCUCUGGAGCUGAUAGCCACAGCAGCAGAGCACUCUAAUGCUGCCAUCCGCAAAAUGGAGCGAAUGCACAAGCUGCUGAAGGUAUAUGAGCUGCUAGGGGGUGAGGAGGACAUUGUCAGCCCCACCAAAGAGCUCAUAAAAGAAGGCCACAUCCUUAAGCUUUCAGCGAAGAAUGGGACCACUCAAGACCGAUACCUCAUACUCUUCAACGACCGCCUCCUUUACUGCGUGCCCAGGCUGCGGCUCCUUGGCCAGAAGUUUAGCGUGCGGGCACGCAUUGAUGUAGAUGGCAUGGAGCUAAAGGAGAGCUCCAACCUCAAUCUGCCUCGGACCUUCCUGGUGUCAGGAAAGCAGCGCUCCCUGGAGCUCCAGGCCAGGACUGAGGAGGAGAAGAAAGACUGGGUCCAGGCCAUCAACUCCACCCUCCUGAAGCAUGAACAGACGCUAGAGACCUUCAAACUAUUGAACUCGACCAACAGGGAAGAUGAAGACACUCCACCCAACUCUCCAAACGUGGAUCUUGGGAAGAGGGCACCCACGCCCAUCCGGGAAAAAGAAGUCACCAUGUGCAUGCGCUGCCAGGAACCCUUCAAUUCCAUCACCAAACGCAGGCACCACUGCAAGGCCUGCGGGCAUGUGGUUUGUGGGAAGUGUUCCGAGUUCCGGGCCCGCCUCAUCUAUGACAACAACCGCUCCAACCGUGUGUGCACGGACUGCUACGUGGCCUUGCACGGGGUGCCCGGGAGCAGCCCAGCUUGCAGCCAGCAUACACCCCAGCGCCGGAGGUCCAUCCUGGAGAAACAGGCCUCAGUGGCUGCGGAGAACAGCGUCAUCUGUAGCUUCCUGCACUACAUGGAGAAGGGUGGCAAAGGAUGGCACAAGGCAUGGUUCGUGGUCCCUGAGAAUGAACCCUUGGUGCUGUACAUCUAUGGAGCCCCUCAGGAUGUGAAAGCCCAGCGCAGCCUGCCCCUCAUUGGCUUUGAGGUGGGGCCUCCUGAGGCAGGGGAGAGGCCUGACCGAAGGCACGUCUUUAAAAUCACCCAGAGCCACCUGAGCUGGUACUUCAGCCCUGAGACAGAGGAGCUACAGCGGCGCUGGAUGGCCGUGCUUGGCCGGGCUGGCCGUGGGGACACGUUCUGCCCAGGGCCCACACUGUCUGAGGACAGGGAAACAGAGGAGGCACCAGUGGCGGCGUCAGGAGCCACUGCUGAACCCCUCGAAGCCCCCCAGCCCCGAGACAAGACCUAGAGGGUUCGGGGGC